CCCCGCGCUCCACGGUCGCACAGUGGCGGUGCCGCGUGACGUCACACAGUGUCGCAUCGCAGUGCUGUGUCGCGGGUCAGCGCCCCAGCUAGGCGCAGCGAGCGCCGGGUUGUCUACGCCGUAGGCGCCGCUCUAAGACAUCGCGCUGUUCCGAGGGACUUUCUUGAGAUGCUAGAGUGACCAGACACCAGAGAUGACUGCUGCCAAAGGAGGUGCCAUGUUGGCUCUUCUGCAGUUGGCAGCACUGGCAGCCAUGUUGCAUCCUAUGACUGCUGCGGAGACGUGUGACCAGUCUGUGACGGUGGUGAGUCCGCGGACGGCGGUGGCAGGGGGCGCCACGGCCGUGCUGGUCACCCUCAGUGGGGGGCCGCGCCGUCCCCCUCGGCCCCCCCUCAAUGUGACCCUGCACCUCUUGGCGGCUUCUGGCGGCGACGAGGCCGACGCAGACCGGCCCAUCAUCUCCAGGAGCUCUGCCCUGGUGCAAGGCCAGGCGGUGAUCCCAGUGCUGGUGCCUCUGGACGCGCCGCCAUCCUGCGUUCUCCAGGCAGUGGUGGGGGGCAGCGUGCAGACGUCUUCGCGGCUGACGCUGGCGGGGCCCCUGCGGCACGCCAUCCUGCGGCCAGACCGGACCUCCUACUCCCCGGGGGACACAGUGCACUUCUGGGUGCUGGCGCUGGACCAAUCACUGCGACUUCCCUCCGGAGCGGCGGGCAGCGUCUGCGUCAGGGACCCCGCCGGAAACUGCGUGGCGCGGUGGCCGCAAGUCAGCCUCGGACAUGGCGUGCUGAGCUUCUCGCUACCGCUUUCGGGGGCGGCGCCCACGGGCACGUGGCACCUGCAGCUGGAGGCGGACGACCGCCGUCUCUCCGGCUGGGGGGCGGCGGCCGCCUUCAACGUCAGCCUGCCGCAGCAGGAGGCAGCCGGGGGCGGCGGGGGCGGCGGUGCCGGGGGCGGCACAGCCAGGCCACUGGGCACGCCGGCCUCGCCCUGGCUGGGAGCCGGGGGCAGCGGAGGCGACGAGGGCGGCGGGGGUGUUGGGGGCGGAGGUCGCGGUGAGGCGACGCAGGCGUCGGCGCCGGAGGACGAGGUGGCUAUGGCCGAGGAGCACUUCGUGGAGCUGCGCUUCGGGCGCGCCGUCCGCAGGCUGUACAAGCCGGGCCUGCCGUUCGUCGGCAAGGUGGAGUCGGUGAGCACGGAGAAGGUGGUGCGGGUGCGGGUGAAGGUGUACGACAACACGACGGCCAUCUACAGCCAGGACCUGGAGAUCACGUCCGGGGAGGCGGCGUUCGUCGUCCCGGCCAUCCUCGCCGACAGCGACCUCAUCACGCUCCAGGCCGAGCUGGUCUCGGUGGGCGGCAAGGAGAUCGACAGCCACUACGUGCUGGCCAGGGAGCCCGUGCGCAGGUGGCCCGGCUCCAGCGCGCUCCAGGACUGCUACCUGCUCGUCCAGGGCCUGGAGAGGACCUUCCAGCCAGAGGAGCGCGCCCACGCCACGGUGCUGUCGACGUGCGCCUGCGAGCGUGACGUGCUGGCCGUGGUGACCGCCCCCGGGGGCCGCGUGCUCCACUGGACGGAGAAGCGGGCCGACGCGCCGCCGCCCCCGGACCUCAGGCCGCCGCCCGCCAGCGUCGACGGCGCCGCCAUCUGCCGCCUCAACUUCAGCUUCGAGGUGCAGGCGGUAAUGGCGCCCACCAGCCAGCUGCUCGUCUACUACGUCACCGAGGAGGGCGAGCCCGUCAGUGACGUCAUCAGCUUCGAUGUCAGCCUGCAGCACAGUGCCGUGUCGGUGAGCACGGAGGAGCGCGACUUCUGGCUACCUGGACAACGCCUGGAGCUCCGCGUCACGGCUGAGCCCAACUCGCUGGUGUGCGUAGUGGGGGGCCGGAACGGCACCGGAUCGUGGUCCGGAGGCGUGCUGGACUUCCAGCAGGCGGGCCUGGAUGUGUUCCAGCGGCGCUGCGUGCGCGCCACCCCCAGAGGACCCCGCGUGGCGGCGCUGCGCCAGCAGAGGGCGCCCACCCCGGGGCAGGCGGCGGCGGAGGGCGGCUCUGGAGGCUACGGCCUGGGCGCGCUCCAGCUGGGCGUCGACCACGUCUGGUUCUGGCGCUGCUUCAACUUCAGCGGUUCGCAGCAGCAGCAUCGGACGUGGGCGGCGGCACCCCCAGAGCCGGGCCAGUGGACGGUGCGCGCGCUGUCGCUGCCGCUACCGCCGCCGCCCCGCGUCGCCCACCCCACUGGCGCCUCCUCCCCUGGCGCCGCCCCCGGCGCCUCGCCGCCCCCGGGCGCCACGCCAGGCUCAGUGGGCGUCGCCUUCUCGCUGCCGCCCACGCUGAGGGUGGGCGAGACGGCGCAGGUGGACGUCCGCAUCGCCAACAGCGCCGCCUCCUGCAUGGACGUGACGGCGCUGCUGUCGCUGACCGAGGGCGCCCACUUCGCCAGUUCGGGCCUGCUGUACGUCAGCGAGAAGCUGAGGCUGGGGCCGCACGGGGCCACUUCUCUGGUCGUCAGGGUAGUUGUCACCAGCCCGGGCGUCAAGAACAUGACAGUGGAAGUGUCUGGAUAUGGUGGAGACUCGUGCAGGGACACCGGGGGCGGCAAUGGCACGUCUCCAGCGCACAGUGGGGGCAGCACAGGGAGCAGAAGUGCGCUGUCUGCCUCUGUGACACGCUCAGCUAGCACGCUGGUCACGCCAGAGGGGCUCCGCCGGACAACCACCGACAGCGCCUACUUCUGCGCCAAUGAGAAACUGGUGGUGUCUACUCUGGAGGACUUCCAGCCAGAGUGGCUGCCAGCUCCGCGGAACCGCGCCGGCGUCGUACUGGAAGUGCGAGCGGCGGCGCCGGGGGCGGACCAGGAGCGCGGGGGCGGCGCUGGGGGCGCAGUUGGCAGUGGGGGUGGAGACACGCCCCCGCAGCCGGCCGCCAUGGUGCUGCUGUCUUCCGGUAGAGGUGCCGGGCCCGACUCCUACCUGCUGGCUCUGGGAGACGUCUCGUGGCUCACCAGAGGGCCGCACGCUUACGGCGUGCGGUUGGCGAGUGCGCAGACACCCGGCCUGGUGACUGGGGAGUUCCGGACGCUGUGGCUGAGCUGGGAGCGCGGCCUGCUCUCUCUGGGCCGGGGUUCGCACCUCCACCAGGGCCCGCUGCUCAGCUGGCGCUCGCCCACGGACAGCCUGGCCAUCUCGCACAUCGGACUCUCCGCACCAUGGGGAACUCCAGCAGAGUUCAGGCUGUGGAACUACAACGAAGAAGCGGGCUUCUCGCAGGUGCUGCACCUGGACGUGCCCCAGCCAGUGGUCCCUGGUUCAGAGCAGGGCUCCCUGUCCGUAGCUGGUGGACUUGCACUCCCAUCGUCUGCUGCUUCGUGGCUCCACCCAGCUCAGCAUGCCACCGACAUUGGCGAAGCCAGCAGCCUGGUGUCUACGCUCGCGUCGUUCAGCCCGCUGCCGACGCUGGACCACAGGGGGAUGCUGAUGGACCAGGAGGCGCCCUCUGGUGACGUCACGGACGUGAGGCGGCGGCUGGCCACGCAGCUGCAGGCGCUGCUCGUCUUCCGCAAGCCGGACGGCUCCUUCGGGGACCACCCCACGAAGGGCAGCCACAGCGGCACGGUGUGGGCCCUGGACGUGCUGAACCGAGCGCAGGCUCACGUCGCUGUCGACCCGCAGCUGCUGACGUCAGCUAAGCGGUGGCUGCAGGCCCGCCAGCGCGCCGACGGAGGCUUCGCGCCUGACGAUGCCGCCACCGGCAACGUCGAAACGACAGCCGAGACUCUGGUCGCACUGCUCGCUGUAGGGCUCGAAACGGAGGGUGACGAGGAGUGCUGCCUGCGAGCGCGCUACUUCCUGGAGCGGUCGCUGCUGCUGGACAGAUCCUCGGCGCCCCCUCCACUGUCUGCCGCCUCUCUGGCGCUGGCUCUGGUGGCGUCCCGCAGCGAGGUGGCCGCCGCCGCCGUCGCCAGGCUCAGAAACGUCUCUGCCAAUGAGGAGGGGGACUUUGGCUGGCCCUACCACCUGUCAGAUGCCAGAACAGGAACACUGCCCAGGGACCGCCGACUAGCCACCACGGCAGCGGAGUACAAGGCUUCCCUGUACGCCCUGAUGACAUACUCCAUGAUGGGUGACCUGCGCUCUGCCGAGCCCGUCGCUAAGUACCUGUUCUACCGCUCCUACCUGCUGGACACCCACAAAGAGCUGGUGUACCUGUGCGUGCGCGCGCUGUGGCAGCUGUCGUCGGUGGCCCAGGACCGGGAGCGCGCGCUGACCGUCUCGCUGGCCACGUCCGGCAUGGAGCUGACCGACACCCUGGAGCUGAGACCGGGAACCCAGCCAGCCAGGGCGCUGCCGCUGCCCAGCCUGCCCACCAAGGUGUUCGUCUAUGCCACUGGCGCCGGCUGUGCCACCGUGCAGGGUCGCGUGAGCUACUCCACGUACGCGCCAGCCUCCCGGACGCCGCUGCUGGACAUCUGGGCGGCAGUCGAGGGCGAGGAUUCGUCGGGGCUCCGACACCUCGAGGGCCGGCCUGCCAGGCUGUCCAUCAGGGUCUGCUUCAGGUGGAAGUCCCACCGACCAUCUGGUGUGCUGAGACUGGAGGUGCGCCUUUUCUCCGGAUUCCAGCUGUCAUCCUGGAGCGGCAGCGUGCUGGUGGACAGCAAUGGGACCACAGCGGACGUUCAGCAUGGUUCCAGGGCCGACAAAGUCUGGUUCCUCAUGUCUGGUGUGACCUCCCAGUGCGCAGUCUGCGUGCAGCUCUCAGCUGGUGGCGUCUACCCAGUGACGUCAUCCCGGCCGGCGUUGGCGCGCGUCUACCCGGCAGAGCGCCCUCACGUGGCAGCACACGUGUUCUUCCACAGCGCCACUCUGUUGACUGCAGGUGCCGAUGACGACCUCCUCACAUGGUUUGGCGCCUCACAGCAACAAGGUGGAGUCCAGAUGGGGUCCAACUUCUCCGAGGUCUGCGAGUGCGGACAGGACUGCCCGCACGACCCGGCCGAGCCGCAGCCUUCGCCAGAGACGCCAGUCACCACCACGACGACCGCAGCCACGACGACGGCGUCGGUGGCCCCCGACGCCGCGGGCGGUCACGACCAGCGACCGGACACGACCACGAGGGCCCUGUCCACGCCUACAUCACGACCCACCAGCACGUCUGACGAGCCUGGGGGAGGUGACGUCACCGUUAGUGGCCUGGCGGCGGUGACGACGACGACGUCGACGCCCACGACUACGACCGAGGAGCCGGAGUCCGUCAACAUCAUCAUCACGGAUGACAACGCCGAGCUGGAGAGCCAGAAGGAGCGCCCGGCAGGAAAGAGACACGGCCCCUCCUCCAAGAGUGCGAGUCCAGAUUCUGGGAGGGGUGUCAACAUGGAGCGCCGCCCAGUGGACCGUUCAACGCCACUGCAGCAGGAUCACCAGAUGACACUGAAGGAGAGCCGUGGUCACGUGGGAGUCCAGCCUCCACCUCCACCUCAAUCUCAACCUCAACCUCAGCCUCAGCAGGAGGAGCGGCUGCUGGUGCUGGACCGCGAUACACUGUGGGGUAUGCUCCGGGAGGCGGUCCACGUCGAGCUCAACAGCAGCAACCUGCUGAGGCGCGCCGCCACUGAGGCAGACUGAGCCUGAGGUCGCGGUCACCGGCCAGCAUCUGGCUAGGCUGCAGUGCGUGUACUGGACCUAUCAGUAUGUCAGACUGUGGGGCUAGUCACCGAGUAGCCAUCAGACAAGAUCGUGACAUCGGUCCUUGGUUUGUCACCAGACAGACUGAGUGGCCAGCCUCCAGUCUCCAAACCAGACUGUGGGCGUAUCCCCAACCUGUCAUGAAACUGACUAAGAGACCCAUCACUAGUCACCAGCCAGACGCUGAUCAGCCAGACAAUCUUAGAGCCAGUCAUCCAGCCUGCUGGAUGUGCCAUUGAUGCUCCACAGAGUGUGUACUGUCGUGAGCCUGUCACCUGACUGACUGAAGGACCCAUCACCAGUCACCAGCCAGACAAUCUUUACCAAGCAGCAGCUGCUGGUUGCUCCUGCCAGUCACCCACACAGCGUGUAUACUGACAUUGGAUCAAGCACUUCCUCCAUUUAGUGGCACUCAAUGAACAUCAUUGCAGAAGUCUCUUGCAAUACAGAAAAUGCCCCCAAAAAGGAAACCCUACUGCUGUGGACAAGGGCCAUGAUGGUAUCAGCAUAAAUUAUUCAUUUGAACAACAAACUAGUAAUCUGCGCUAUCUAAGCUUCAAAAACUAAUGAAUCGUUUUGUAGAACAGUAAAUGCUCCAAGAAAGGGAAUCAUUUGUUCUUGGAAUACCUACAACCAAUGUCCUUGAGAGCGUAGAUUGUUCAGUAAUAUAAUAAAAUUCUUUGUAAAAUGGAGUAUUGAUUCAGGCUGGGAAAUUGUUCUCCUGAACCUCAGACCAGUCAUUUGCACUGCAUAGGCUUGAAACACUGAUAAGUCAUUUCAUAGAACCAACAGAAAAUACUCCAAAAAAGGGAACCCCUUGUUUUUUUGAAAUGACUGCAUUAAAUUUUCAUAACAACAAAAGUCAUUCAGUAAAGGACUAAACACACCUACAGAGCGAACUUGUGGAGGAGUGUUGUGAAAAUAUUCAUUGCAGUGAAAAAUUAUUUCCUUGAACCUAAGAAUGGUCAGAUUCUGUAUCUGGGCCAGAAUAACAGAUUAGUCGAUUUCCAGCACAAAGUAUACUUCAAAAACUACAACUUUCUUCAUUUAUGAAAGUGCAACUGAUUCGUUCUGGGGAUUUUUUGUAGUUUAUCGCUUUCCCAACUGCCAACCCAGACAACUGCAUCAAAUUGCUCACAUGUAGAAUCAAGCAGCUCCUGUCUCUAAAUACCACACACCAUUGUUCUUGUAGACAAAUAACGUUUAACCUGGGAUAUUGGAGAGAAUCAACAAAAGGUUCGAUGCACCGGACAAUCAUCGUGAUGCUGGACUGGAUAGUUAAGGGCAUUCACGUUCCACUGUGAAAGCUGUACUCUCCUAGGACCUGAUCAACUGCCACAUGUACCCAUCAACAAAGUGCCCAGUCUGGAACAGCUGGAACACCAUAUAAACACUCGUUUUCAUCACCCUAAAUGCAGUCAUCUGUUUGCUGCUUAUGCUACCAUAGUUUAACUUAAAGGUUGCAUUCUAGCAGUAGGAGUUGAGUUCCCGCUAUUUUCGUAUGGUUUCGUUAAGUUAGGAAUUUACAGUAGCUUUCACAAUGAAAGAACGUGGGAGCAAGAAUCACCUUCGAUGUUAAAAUUCUCAGUAAAGUUUUUCUCUAAUCUGAAUCGACGAGCCUCAAAGUAUGAAGCUUCAUUUAGAGUGUUAAAGGAGGUUAUCAACAUAUGUUCAGGGCAUCCUAGCUGUAUACUUCCCGCGAAAAAUAUAAACAAAAAUAUGGUGCAUAGCACUAAAUAUUUCGGAAUUAUGAGUACGAAGCGUAAUUUUAAUCGUAUGUUUAGCAAUAACAUUAUUGUAAGGUAUCUGCUCUGCUCAUACAGAAGAAUAGAUAAAUGGCUGAUUACACAUCUUGUUUAAUUAGUUCAUAAAAAAAUUCACAUAAUUUUUGGUAAUAGUUCUCCUUCCUUAUUUCCUUCUAUGCGACAUUUCCUUAAAAUUCCAUCUGCACCAUCAUUUUUCCUAUGUACUCGUCCAAGAGCGCAGAAUUUUGUGUGGAAGCGAAAAGCUAAAAAAUAACGAAGCAGAUAUUUCUUGUCCCCUUUCUUCUUUCUGUCCUAGUUAGAUAUUAUAAAAAUUCUCAUAUUGCUCCCCAAACUUUCACAAACCAACUGAUUCAACGUUUUUACACCAUCACAGAUAUUCCAGCAAUACCACUCAUUCCACAAGCCUGCCAACGAUGUUUAAUUCGAGUUCUUCAUUUACGCAGUUAUUUGUGAAUAAAGCACUGUAGAGGGAUCAACACAUUUCUUUAUACAUAAUACUAUCGCCAUCGUCAGCUCAGUAAUUUAGGGUAAAUGAUGAUAAUAAUGACAGGAGUUUCUUAUACGUCAUCAGGCUGCAAAAGUUCAAAACUUUUAUAAAGGUUUACUCAGCAAAACUUAGAAUAUGUAAAACAACAUUCAGGGUAAAAAUCAGUUACACCUGUGCAUAACUGGGAUAUCAAUUGUCAACUUAGUUGAAUUUUUUUACAAAGAUGCAAGUGUAAGCCGAGUGAUGGUGUAAGUGCGAGGGGCAUAUUCUCCACUUUCAUCCUCCUUUCAUAAAAUAAAAAACGCGAAUUAAAUGGACACACUUGCACAUUUGUCAGAUUAGCUAUCCAGUCGGCAGAUAAGUUCAUGUGGAGUUCACUUAAAUUUGACAAGUAUUCAUUACAUCUGCUUUAUAUCCAUAUCUGUACGACUCCGCAUAUAGUUUAGUAUUAAAUACUUUGAGGAAAAAUAUAUUUAAUACUAAAGUUAAUGAAAUAUAUAUUUAAUUCAGGCGCAAAGAUUAUAUCCUUCCGAAACAUCAUUUUAACUGUCAAACUCAAGCACCAGAAACCGAUCAAAGUAUCUUUAGCCACUGUCUGCAUUGGCUAUCAUAGUUUACAAACGUAACUUAAAAUAAUUACAACAUUCAGUCUUCGUAUGUAAAUAGUAUAAAGGUAAGGUCAAACUACAGGAAUUUAGUAAUCAGUUGUCAGAUUUGACUGAAACUGUAGAGAUGUCAAAAGGUGGUUUGUGUCAAUCCUUCGGUAUCCUUCGCGAUAUUCAUAUAACUGAGCUGGAUAUCUGCUUCUUCCAAAAAUUUUGUCAGUAUGACGAAGCUCGUCAGUUACAGCUUCUAUGGCGUUGUAAGAUUCUUGGUUAAAGAUAUUCCUGCUUUGUUUAAUGCUCUGUGAAGUAUGGCUCACUUUGGAACCAUGAAUUUCCCAAUAUUAGCUGUUUGAGAUCUACAAGUUCAACAGGGUCUCUUAUACUCGACAGAUCGAACGGUCAAAUCUCUUUAUCCUGUGCAGGUGUGAGAGAUACCAUCCGUAUCCCAACAUGAUGCGAGUUACUGUGAAUGGAUGGUGUUUAGUAAAUCUCGUUUGAGUGAACCACAAUUUUUAUGAAAUAAUAUAUGCUACAACAGUCACCUGUUACUAAUAUUUUAUUAGGACGACACGGUUUGGCAACAUUUUGCCAUCGUAAGGUGCGUUGACCGUUACUUUUACACUGUAAUUAGUAUGAAAUAAAGUUAGUUUCCUUUGUUGUGUGUGCUAGUGAAGUUACGCGUUGAAAUGAGGGCUGUUCGGGAAGAUAAAUAUGUUGCAGUUUGUAUAUUAUGUGAUAAGCAUGGUUAGUCAUUUUGUUAGUGCAUUUACUUACAUUUUUGUUGGUAAUUUCAUUGGCUGGCACACAGAGCACAGUAAAAAGUACUGAGCAACUUAACAAUCAUUUUUUUACAUCAAUCCAAAGAUAAACCAGUUUCUAUUGCUAAAGGAAUAGUAUACGGUGAAGGUGAAACAUUUACAUCUAGAUACAUUUACGUCAUGGCAAAUAUUUUGUGAGUGGUUGGCUAAGCCAAUUUUUUUUCUGUGUGCCUGACAACGAAAUUAUCAACAGUAGUGUCAGUAAAUAAAAUAACAAAAUGGCUAAUAAAGCUUAUCACGUAAUUUACACACUCUAACAUAUUUAUCUUCCUGAACAUGCGUCUCUUUCGACACAUUACUCCACUGGCGCAUGCAGCAAAGGUACUGACCAAAGUUCAUGCUAACUACAAUGUAAAAGCAACUGUAAAUGCACCUUAUGAUGGCAGCAUACUGCCGAAACGCGUCGUGCUAAUAAAAUAUUACUAACAAGUGACUGUUACAGUAUAUAUUUAUUUAUAAAAAUCUUAAAAUCAGUCGCAGCCCUCAAAUAACAUCCAUAUAACAUGGAUAAAUUUAAGAACCAUUAUUGUUUAGGGUUAUGAAGAUCGGAUUUUGCACAAUUUCGUCCUUUUAUCAGUUGAAGGGAGACUGCUACAUCUCUUUCCAUUCCUAGAAGACCUUGUUCCUCAGCGUAGCGGUAAGCCAGUCUAGCAUAAUAAGCAAUCGCUGCUGUCUCAGCUAGCUUCAAAACUUACUCUACCAGCUCAUUUUCUGUGAUGCCAGAGUGUCAUUUGAUCCAAAGUAAUUAUACAAGUAUAUGUGGAUGCUCGUAUUUUGAUGCAAUUUAAGUAUAUUAAAUGCAUGAUGGUUAGUUUUUGAGUUCCAUUCGUAAUACUCUAACAAGUCAACGUGGAUAGACGAACCGACUAUAACAGAAACCAGAAAUCUUUGCAGUGACUGUCAACGUCGAUUCAACGCCCGAGGAAAUUAAUAUGAAAAAAAACAACACAGUCAAACAUUUGAGUAUUCAGGGGUCUCAUCUAUUUGCUAGCACGUCGUAUCCUGCUCGUUGUAUGUCUUGCUUUUUGAAAUUUUUACUGAUUAUGUUAACAUAGUCAGUGUCUUGUCAAAGACAGAUACAUAUGUAUUAGUAAAGUCAAAAUUGUCACAAAAAUAUUGUCCAGCUUAACACUGGAAGUCAGUUUAAAUAACGACUUCAUGUUCAACUACAUUCGUUGCGAAUCCUGAACACAUUUCAUUAUUCGCCCAUACAUUGUUUGCAAUGCAAAAGAUUCAAGCGAGAAAGAUAUAUUUUGCAUUGCUAUGUGAAAUACCAGUUUCUUUUUUAGGUGCGUGAAAUGCAAAUGUUAACUGUAAUUCGUCACGAAUGAGCAAAAGUGAAUGUGGAAGAAUCCAUAAUAUGCAGUUAGUUCAAGAUACCCUUCUCAGAAAUAAACUUACUAAAGACAGUACAAAGGUAAUCUCUGUGGACUCUCAUAGAAGUUACUAAUGCAAUAAGAUGUGCAGACAUGAGUUUUUCAACGAGAGUUUGCAAUUUGCUUAAGGUUUUAACCAAUAUUUUUGCAUAUCAAAAACAAAUUACCUUUAAUCUUGUACAUGUUGCAUAUGAGAUGUUUGUUCUAAUAAAAAUUGAAAACUGUUUUAAGCAUAUUAAAAGAAUUUGAAAUGUUUGUGACUGAAAAGCAUUAUUGCAGAAUAUAAAACUGUGAAAGUACUAUGAGUGCACAAGAUUUUAUGUUUUUGCAGAGAAGUAUUAAAAAAAUUUUAAAGCCUGCUGAUAAAAGAGACAGUGAUUCUGCUCGUAAGCUGAAAAUCAAAACGACAAAUCAUUUGCUAUUCCGAAACUCUUUACAUAGAACAAUGCUGACUUCUAUUUUUUAAGCAACUGUACCAUUUUGCACCCAUAGCACAUUAUUUUGGAAUUGUUAUUGCAUUAUCAAGUACUGGUAUCAAAUCAGUCUUCAUACCACGAUUUAUUGUGCUUCACAAAACUCGUUCUCAUCCAGAUAUUCUGUCACAUACGUAAAUUCUAUCACAGCACGUUCCUGUCUUUGUCGGCCAUAUUGUUUCCUGGUCACUGCCGUCCGCUCUGAGUUGAAGCAGAGAUAAUCGCAAAACAGAGAGAUCAGUCAGCGAUAAUGUUACACAUAAUGCCUUCUGAGAUCGAACUGAAGCGAAAUGUAUCUCUCUUUGAUGCUGUACAGGGGUCAUUGAAGGACUGAUGAAACUGAAUUGCUCACUAAGAGAAAGGGAGGUUUUCGUUUUAAAAUAGCAAAUGAAAUUAGUAUUGAACUCAGCGAACAUGAUUUUCACUCUUCUGUUUAACAUCACUGUCAAAAGAGGCCAUGAUGUGUGAUAAACAUAUGUAAACUAGUCAUUUUUAAAGUUACGUCUGUUAUUCUUUAGAAUGUAAUACAGGUGAUGCUGAAGUUUUCCAGUAAUAUUUUCCCUUGCUUCAGUCUUAACAGAAAGUAGAAAUUUGUUUAGCGAAUGUUAGAAGGUAGCAAGUGUAGUGGUUAUAUAUGACAUAAGGUUAAAAUUGACUUUAAGAACGUUAUGAUUGCACUCAGAACACUUUUGUCAUUUUGCAAACUAUUGUUCUAAUGAUAAAUAUUAAUUUUUGUAAAUUCACUAGAAAUAUAUUUUGUUCAGAAUAAGGACUGUGAAUACACUGAAAUGUAAG